GGGUUUUUGGAUGUUGGAGUGAGAUUAUGUCUGGUGUUCUGGGAUUAUAUCCAAUGCAGUAUUUGUAGUGGAGGAAACGUUUGUAUUAAAUUUAAUACAAUAUCCGGGUGAUAAAGUUUGUCAUGUAAUGGAACUUGCAUGUAUAGAGAAAUGGUGGUAAAAAGUUGGGUUGGUGAUAUUACAACUGUACGGUGUACAUGUACGACAGAAUCAUUGUUGUGAAGAAAUUUUGGCUCGUGUCUCUGGUGCUGAAUUCUUCGAGGAUUUUCUUGUGGUAGAAGGCAGGUUGUUAUAUUGAUGUUCUUCGUGUCUCGUUGGACUCCACUUGUGUAGUUUAUAUGCACACUUGAGCAACUGGUACCGAUAUCAACUUUUGUUCGGAUAUGGUGAGCACAGCCAGUCGGCCAGGGGGUGCAGGACCAGCAGGCAACAUGUCCAUGCCGUGCCCCCCAUCAACAACAGGUGUACGCCGAGUCCGUCUGCAGAGCAACAACCUAUCCCAAUCGCCAACCCUGAGCGACAUCUCCAACAUCCGCAACACUCCCAGGAUCCCUUCCGCCAUGUCGUCGGUCAGCCAAGCAGGGCAGAACCAACCCCCGGGCGGGGAGCAUCGUCAGAUGUUCCUGGAGCCCAGCACGGUGGUGCCCAUCAAGCAGGAAUGGUCCAGCAGUCGGAUGCUGCCCUCUUUGACGCCACACAGUCAGGGCCCAGGGUCGCAGGCCGGCAGCGACGUCGGCUUUCCCCCGCCAAGCUCCUCCUUGUCUCACUAUGCCAGCAGCUUCAACUCCCUCUCCCCCUUCCCGGUUGAGAUCUCCCCCUCAGGAUCCAGCUUUGCAAGUCCGCGCCACUCGGCGCGAUCCUUCUCAGCGCGUUCACGCAAACGGGCUCUGUCCCUUUCCCCGCUCUCCUCAGACGACCUCAAUUCAAUCAUCAGGACAAGCCCCACCUCACUAGUGGCAUAUAUAAUUGGUUCGCGAGCGUCAUCCGCGUCUAUAUCGCCCUCCCCAGGAAUGCAGGCCGGAGAUUACGGACACUUGUCGGCGAGGAACAGCAGCAGUCCUAUGUCCCAGGGGUCGUCCGGGAAUCACCCAUCUUACCAUAUUCCCCGAGCGAACACGGGAGAUGUGUCGCCGCCCCCUUACCAUCCGCCCAAAGGAGGCAAUGGGUACCGAUACAAUACCUACAACAACAGUAGUAAUAUGGGGCCCCAGCAGAUGGAGCCCCUAGAACAGUCGUCGUUACCCAGCAUUCCCCAGAUGGCAAGCCAGUUUGUGGUGCAGCCACGGAACGAAGUCCUGCAGCAGGAUUUCCAGAACUACAACCCCAACGCUUAUUCCCAGAAUGAGCAGUACAAGCAGGAGCCUAUUGACAGUUUCCCGGACUCUGCUAGUACCUUCUCUCAGAGCACCAGCUUCUCCCAGCAGCCUUCCUACCCUCAAACGUCUGCCAACCUGUCCUACCCUCAGCUCCCUUCCCAACCCACCAAUUUCUCCCAGGCACCCACCUUCUCCCCUCCCCAGCCCCCUGCUGGCUACCAAAUGAACCCCGGUUACAACCACUCGCAGCCAGGCACUCCUUACCAGCAGCAGAGCAUGCCAUCGGCCCAGCCGGUGAUGGCCAACCAGGUGGUGCAGCCGUCGCACAUGCAGCCGCCGCCUUCCUACUCCCAGCAUUUUGAGUCGCACUCCAGGCAGGCGUCGCCGGCCAUCACGACCCAGGUCAACUCGCCGGGGUCCAGCACGGCCAAGUCCAGCCUGGAGAUGGACAGCGAGCGGGUCCACAUUUGCCGGUGGAUUGACUGCAGCGCGGUCUUUGAGGAUCAAGAGGACAUGGUGCGGCACAUUGAGAAGGUCCACAUUGACCAGCGCAAGGGGGAAGACUUCACCUGUUUCUGGCAAGCCUGUACCAGACGCUACAAACCCUUCAACGCUCGCUACAAGCUGCUGAUUCACAUGCGGGUACACUCCGGGGAGAAGCCUAACAAGUGCACGUUUGAAGGCUGCAACAAAGCUUUCUCCCGCCUGGAGAACCUCAAGAUCCACCUGCGGUCCCACACGGGGGAGAAGCCCUACCUCUGCACGCAUCCAGGCUGCACCAAGGCCUUCAGUAACUCAUCAGAUAGGGCCAAGCAUCAGAGAACUCAUCUGGAUACGAAACCUUAUGCUUGCCAGUUACCCGGUUGCACCAAGAGGUACACAGACCCAAGCUCACUGCGGAAACACGUCAAGGCCCACACGGCUAAAGAUCAACAAGCCAGGAAAAAGCUGCGGACGCGUGAUGAGUUUGGCCACCCUCAGGACAUCCUCACCGACUGCCUGACCAUCCAACCCCUCCAUCCUAUGUCUCUUGCCGAUAGCCCCAUGGAGCUGAGCGACAGUGGGCUGGGCAGAUCGCCCCACUCAUCCAUGGCUGGUACUUCCUCCGAUAUGUACCCAAACAUGUUCUCAAGUGCGCACUCGAGUCGCAGCGGCACGGCCACGGGCGCCUCCAGUUACAGCAACCAUCCCUCACCGGUGCACAGCAUGCAGGGAAGUCCGCACAACCCCACCACGCACUCUGUGGGCAACCUGGAUGACGCUCGAGACAGCAGGGUGGGCAUGUACCCACACCCUCCCAUGAGCGCCGUCAGUCCCACCAGACGUACCUUCCCACCGGCCUUACUGCCCAGGAGGAUACCUCAGGGACUCAGCUCCAUUCCACUCAAGCCUCGCCCCCCUACAAGCUCCCCAGGUAUAAACAUCACUCCGAGGAUACAAAUCCAGCUGCCAGCCAAACCGCCACCCCCGCCCCUUAUAGCCCCGGCCCCGCCCUUAACCUUAACCUUAACCGCCCCAGCCCCGCCCCUGACGGCCCCCGCCUCCCAAUCGGACGCCCCGGGGCGGGCCAUGCCGCCGCCCAUCAGCCACAUGCGGCUACACGCGACCACGCGACCCAGCCUGACGUUCCAGACGCUGCAGCCCGUGCCCCGCCCCUCCGUCACCAACAACAACAACAACAACUACUACAAGCAGCUGAGACACAUCCCCAGCCCCCGGGGUCUGUACCCGAUCCCCACGUUUGAGGAGACGCUGUCCCCUACGCCGGCCCAGUACGAGGCCAUUGAGAGGGUGUUGUCCGCGCACUCCAGCUCUGACAGAGGUCUUACUGGAGACAUGCCAGGAAGUCCGGGUGAGUUCAGCAUUCUGAGCGCCGGCCGUUCCCUAGACGACAGCCCCCUUCUGCAGAUGAACGCCGUGGACCGUUGCCCCAGCCAGCUGUCAGCCGUCUACGCCGACGGCCCCUCAUAACCCCCCUCCUCUGAUUGGUGGAUCUGAAUGAAAGGUCACCUGUGAUUGGCUGGCUCACGUGGCGCCAGAGUUAGAACAAACCAGACGAUUGGUGGAUCAGUGUCGAAGGUUUUCAUUGGUUGAUUGGAUGUGUUUUAAAAGUAACGUGAUUGACAAUCAUGUUACAAUUUGAAAUUUGAUUGGUAAUUGUAAAGUUUUAAAGCUUGCCCGUUAUUGGUUGACGAUGUUUUACAUACAAUGUGUUGAUGUCUCGCUUUGAAGUUUGAAACUGUUGGUGUCAAUGUAGUCCUCUGGUUUUGUUGUUGUUUAUAUUGGGUGGUUACGGAUUCACUGGGCGUGCGUAGUAUCUUUGACAGCGCGUCUGCACAAUCCUUCAUGUGAUUGGUCGAAUUGUGCGGCAAGUCAAAAAAGUGUUUACCGAUUGGUUGAAACCUACAUGUAUGUGACGUCAUCAAUUUUUUGAGUUGUUUUUUUUUUUUUUAGUUUGAUGUAGACAUUUUAUCGUUUGGUAUGUAACUCUUGUCUGCAAACAAGACGUGACCAUGGUGAAUGGUGGGAGUUGGUUGCAUGGUAUUCAGAUGGUAGUUUUUACUGAUUUUGUUGUUCCCCAAAAAUUUUUAAUUUCGCUUAUGAAAUCUAAUUGUGUGAGUCUAGAGUACAAAGAACAAAACUGAAAUAGUCUUAGUUUAGAAAAAUCCAAUUUUAAUAGGGGUUUCUGAAACAAGGAAAAAACUUUUAAACAGUUGAUCGAAACGACUUUGUUUUUUUUUUAUUCUGAAAAUACAGCAUUAUAAAAACACAAAGUAUUGUUGCAAAAACAAAUGUACAUAGUGAAAGAAAUGAUAUAUUUUAUUGAGAGUUAGUAUAAAUUUCGUAAAUAAAAAAAAAAAUCAAUGAACUAGAGCAAUUUUUAUGAAUACAUCUGUACAAAAAGCAAUCAAUUUUGGAGUCCGCCCAUUUUGUGAUACGGCAAAUUAGACAAUCUUCAUAUAAUUACAAACAGCAUUUUGGAGUCUUUUUUCACCUUUUUUUUUAAUAAAAAAAAGUUAUUUAUAAGAUUCCAGUGUAUGUAGAAUUUGCAGUUACUUUUCUUUCUGUAUAUUGAGUGUAAAAUAUAUCUGUAGUUGGAGAGCGAUUUUGAAAGUGAAGGGUUUUGCGCCCCCCCCCCAAAAAAAAAGUUUUGGAAAAUACACAGAAAAAAAUUGAAUUAUUUUUUGUUAGUCGUUGGUAACUAAGGGAGUUUGAUAUUUUUGCCCCCCAAAACUUUUUUUUGUACAAAAAGAUUGAAAAGUAGUGGCGUCACAAUGUUAAACUUGAUAUGUCCAAGACUUACCCGCGUCAUUUAAAUUCAUGCAAAUUCCAUUACCGUCCAGCUAAAAUUCUUAUUUAUUUUCUUCAAAUGCAUUUUUAAGUUCCGUCCAGUGUGUCAACGCAAUGUCUGUAUUCCAA